GAAGGUUAGAGACACGGAUAUAGGGUAAGUGGGUUGGAGUAUGUGAGGAGUAUGUAGAUUUAAGAGUGUAAUGAUUUCCCCUUCACCUGCCCAGGCACCCUCCUCCCGGUCAAAGUCCACGGCCAAACAGACGCAGUGAGGUCUCUUCCGCUUAUAGCAUAGCCCUGUCUUACCUGCCCUGACUACCUGCCCUGUCUUACCUGCCCUGACUACCUGCCCUGUCUUACCUGCCCUGUCUUACCUGCCCUGUCUCACCUGCCCUGACUACCUGCCCUACCUGCCCUGUCUAUCUGCCCUGUCUACCUGCCCUGUCUAUCUGCCCUGUCUUACCUGCCCUGUCUUACCUGCCCUGACUACCUGUCCUGUCUUACCUGCCCUGACUACCUGCCCUGUCUUACCUGCCCUGUCUUACUUGCCCUGUCUUACCUGCCCUGACUACCUGUCCUGUCUUACCUGCCCUGACUACCUGUCCUGUCUUACCUGCCCUCUCUACCUGCCCUGUCUUACCUGCCCUUUCUCACCUGCCCUGUCUUACCUGCCCUGACUACCUGCCCUGUCUACCUGCCCUGUCUUACCUGCCCUGUCUCACCUGCCCUGUCUUACUUGCCCUGUCUUACCUGCCCUGUCUUACCUGCCCUGUCUUACCUGCCCUGACUUACCUGCCCUGUCUUACCUGCCCUGUCUUACCUGCCCUGUCUUACCUGCCCUGUCUACCUGCCCCGUCUCCUCUCUGUAUCAGUCUCUGUCUACCUGCCCUGUCUUACCUGCCCUGUCUUACCUGCCCUGACUUACCUGCCCUGUCUUACCUGCCCUGACUACCUGCCCUGUCUUACCUGCCCUGUCUCCUCUCUGUGUCAGUCUCUGUCCACCUGCCCUGUCUCACUGCCCUGCCCACCUUCUGGCCGCAUGCCCUGCCAGGGCAGCGGGGUCUAGCUCGGGCUGACUGAGCCCCCUUGGUGCAGAGGGGACACCGACCCCCAGAUGGGCCACCCGCAGGCGUUCACAAUGGCAACCUGCUGGGCUCUCUGCGCGAUGCUCUGCUCUCUGCUCAUCGAUCCGUGCCAGGCGGCGGACACCACCCCGGCGACAAUCGGCGGCAACGGCACCACCGCGGCGAGCACCGGCACGAGCCAGCCGGGGCGCGCCCUGCACGCCGUGCUGGCAGUCAUGGGCGUGGGGCUGGGCCUCUCGCUGCUGCUCGCCGUCGCCGUCAAGUGGCGCAGCUGCUACGAGCACCUGCGCGGCUUCCGGCACCAGCGGCUGGCCGAGGGCGACCGUGCCCACGGCCACAACUUGGGGGAGCCCGGCCUCGCCGUGGUGUCGGGCCCGGGGUUCGGGGCGGCGGGUGGCGCGACGCGCGGCGCCGGAGAAGACGGCGGCGACGACGGCUUCAUCGAGGACGGGUACCUCGACGACGCCAUCUUCAAGAUCGACUCCGACUCCGACAUGGAAUGCUGAGGGCCCCCCCCCCCCCC